AUGGCUGCCCCAUUAGUGACCGUCUCCGAAUCCAAGGACCUUCGCGGUCUCAACCUCAUCGCCGCUCACUCUCACAUUCGCGGCCUGGGCGUCGAUGCCACCAGUCUCGAGCCCCGAGCCGCGUCGCAAGGCCUGGUUGGCCAAGAAAAGGCCCGAAAGGCUGCUGCUGUUAUCCUGCAAAUGAUCAAGGAUGGCAAGAUUGCAGGCCGUGCGGUCCUGAUUGCCGGCCCUCCCAGCACCGGCAAAACGGCCAUUGCCAUGGGAAUGGCGCAGUCUCUCGGCCCCGAUGUUCCCUUCACUUCGCUCGCUUCGUCCGAAAUCUUCUCCCUCGAAAUGUCCAAGACAGAGGCCCUCACGCAGGCCUUUAGAAAGUCCAUCGGUGUCCGCAUCAAGGAGGAGAGCGAAGUCAUGGAGGGAGAGGUUGUCGAGAUCCAGAUUGAUCGCAGCGUCAUGGGAAGCACCAAGCAGGGCAAGCUCACCAUCAAGACCACCGACAUGGAAGCUGUUUACGACAUGGGCAGCAAGAUGAUUGAUGCCAUGACCAAGGAGCGCGUCAUGGCCGGUGACAUCAUCUCCAUCGACAAGUCUUCGGGCAAGAUUACGAAACUGGGCCGGUCGUACGCGCGAUCCCGCGACUACGAUGCCAUGGGCGUCGACACCAAGUUCUUGUCGUGUCCCGACGGCGAGCUGCAGAAGCGCAAGGAAGCCGUGCACACUGUUACUCUGCACGAGAUUGAUGUUAUCAACUCGAGGACACAGGGCUUCCUUGCCCUCUUCUCUGGCGACACUGGCGAGAUUCGAAGCGAGAUUCGAGACCAGAUCAACACAAAGGUUGGCGAGUGGAAGGAGGAGGGCAAGGCUGAAAUCGUCCCCGGCGUCCUGUUCAUUGACGAGGUGCACAUGCUUGACAUUGAAUGCUUCUCAUACAUCAACCGCGCCCUCGAGGACGACCUGUCCCCCAUUGUCAUCAUGGCCAGCAACCGCGGCAACUCCCGCAUCCGGGGCACCAACUAUCGCAGCCCCCACGGCCUGCCCAUCGACUUCCUCGACCGAGUCGUCAUCAUCAACACCCACCCUUAUGCCUCGGAGGAGAUCAAACAGAUUCUGUCUAUCCGCGCACAGGAGGAGGAAGUCGAUGUUUCACCCGACGCCCUGGCCCUGCUCACCAAGAUUGGCCACGAAGCCGGCCUCCGAUACGCCAGCAACCUCAUCAGCACAUCACAGCUGGUUUCUGCCAAGCGACGCGCCAAGCAAGUCAGCGUCGAAGACGUCCAGCGCAGCUUCCAGCUAUUUUACGACCCCGCACGUAGCGUCAAGUUUGUGGCCGACUCUGAGAAGCGUCUGAUUGGCAACGAUGGCGCCGUGGACUUGUCGGUGACGAAUGGCUCAGCUGCCGCCACGGAGAGGAUGGAUCUUAGUUAG